AUGAGUGGAGACGACGAAGACAUGUAUGCAAUUGCCCUAGGCGAGCACUAUAAUCCAUCUUCUGCCACAUCAACGAUCUCUUCUUUCGCCUCUAUUUUAGCAAGUUCGACAGACAGAACAUCAGAGUCAAACGUUUCUUCAAACAAAGUUGAUCAUUCUUCCCUUUUUAGACAACUUUUAAUUGGAUCGAGAAGUCAAAUCGAAAAAUUAAAGACAGAGAAUGAGGAAUUGAAGUCAAACCUGAAGAAUGCAAUCGAUUCUGGGGGAGUUGUUAUUUGUCCGAAUUGUACCCAUCACUUCAAGGACCGUCAAUGCCCAAUGCGGCCACGUGCAAUGAAGAAAAUGAGAGCCCGAAACAUGGUGGAGUUAGAGUUCAAUAAUCCGGAUGAUCUUCAAACUUGGCUGUUCUUGAACCAGUUGGAAACUAAUAAUGAUGGAAUGCCGACUGUAAUGAAUGUUAAGAAAACAUCUCAAGGAGCCGAGUUUUCGCUGAAAUCUGUUGGAAGUCUCCUACCUGAUUUACUUGAAAAGAAGAAAGAAGAUAAGAAAUUCCAGGAUUCGGAAAAAGCGAAACGAAAGAAACAUCUAGAAACAAGGAAAUCUCGUUCUUUGGAAAGAAUCGAGCAAGAGAAAUCUUCUGAUCAACGAAGAGACAGAAAAACAGCUUUUGAAAAAAUUAAUGAAAAAGAAGACUCUUCUCUAAACUGUAAUAAGCCUAAUAAUCAAGAAAGAAAGAAAGAUAAUCCCCGACGAAUGGAUGGGAAGCAUGAGCAUGACGACUCUCGAAAAUCUCGUUCUACCAUUACCGUUGCAGUGAGAAAAGAACGUCUGGAAGAUGAAACAAAGAAGGAAAGCGAAAAUCAACACAAAGAUAAGAAAAUCGAACUCACAAAGAAUACAGACAUUCAUCAAAAGUUGGAAAUAUCCAAAAGGAAAUUGUCGCCUACGAAGGAAGAUGUUCGGGAACGGAAAGUUUCCAGACAAACCAUUGCCGACAGGAUCCAAUUCUUCGAUAAAAAUAUGGAAAUUCCUUCAAAAUCUCUAAAGACGCUUGACUCUCUUAUCGAAAAACAUGAAAUGAACGAAACUACCACAUCAUCCAUGGAAAAAUCUCUAUCCCAGAAAACAACUACAUUUAGAAAACCAAUCGUCUGGAAUAAUUCAAAAGUGCCUGAAAAUGAGUUUGCUGAACCAAUGGUAGAGCCGAAAAAAGCUUUUGAGUUCAAAGUAAAGGUCAUUGACAAAAAGAAGAAAAUGCCGCCAAACGCCGACAAUGACACUCAGAAGACAACAGCUUGCACAAUCUUUGAACCAACUUCUAAAUACAAAUUUGUGCCAACUUCCAAGAAAAAUAUUCUGAAAAAGAACGCGGAUGAACAAGUCGGCAGUUCACUUUCCACAAUGUCUUGCAAAACAGAUAAAAUCAAAUCACCCACUCUUAAUAACAAUCGCCUGCUUGAAACUUCGAGAGUAACUGAUUGGAAAUUAUAUUCUGUGAAGAAAACGCAAGCUGUACUCGAACAUGCUUCCAAGCACAACUUUGAACGGAAAAAUAAUCCCGUAUCAUGGUCUGGAAAAACAAUUAUUAUAAAUGUUGAAGUACAAAAAAUCAACGAGAACACCGCUCCAAUAUCAGAGUCCGUCAUUGUUCGUAUGGAGUCAACCGAGGGAAAAAAUAGUGACUCUACAUAUGAUGAAAAGAGCGAUCAGCAGAGAAUUGCAGACUCUAUGAAACGUUUUGGAUUUUCUAAUGAAGGAAUAGCGGUUAUAUUGAAACGACAAGCAGAAAACCUGAAGGUAUCGGCGCUGAAGAACUUGCAACAUGGCUCAAUUCAAGAUCAAUCAGAUAGUGCCUCACACAUUAGCUCAAUACCUUCUCAAUCGGCAACAAGUGAUCGUCCAGCGAGGAACGAUAAAAAUUUAACUUUAGUUUCUGAAAAUUCUAAAUCCAAUUCUUCCCCCAUUGCAAAAACAAUAGAUUUGAAUGUUCCAAUAGAUCACAAUGUAGAAAAUUAUGAGGAUGACGGAGAUGUGAUUAGUGAAUUCUUCCCACAUUUAGCAAAUGUGAAGACUCAUCAAGCUCUCGAAACAAGAAAUGCGGAGUCUUCUGGGCGUCCGAUUUCAACAACAAGCUUCGGUUCAAUGGUAGAUCGGGAGGAAGAUGAAUUGACUCGUCUCGUCAGAGAAGAUUCAAUUGUUCCUCCUAAUGGAGACUGUUUGAUGAAUUUGGACGAUGUGGACUACGAAGAAACAAUCACAGACGGAACCGAAGAAGUUGAAGAAGAAGAAGAUAAUCAGCGCCAAAAAGAGGACUCUAUUGAAAACAGUGAUUGGAAGGAUUUCUGUUUGGAAGAUUUGGAUGAAGACUUGGAUGAUACAGAACGAGAUCGGAAAAUUUCUGAGAUGGAGCAUUCAGAUGACGAUGAAAGGGAGGCAGAUGAAGAAAUGGAAUGGCUUGAGACUGUAGAACACGAGGAUGAACAAGAUGAUUCAGAAUCAGUUGAUGAUUCACCGGAACACGCUGAAUCAGACAUAGUUACUAUAGAAACUGUAGGGAAGGAGGAACAACCCAUGCACCAACGCUCAGAAUCGAAAGUUCUGGAAAUGAAAAGCGAUUUUCGUUUAUCAGAUGAGGAAGAUUUGAUAUCGCCAAUGACGUCUACACCGCGACGAGAAGAAGAAUGUCCGGAGGAUGUUAGCGAACCACCGGACGAUGAUAAGGACGACAUAAAUCAACCAGCGAAAGAUGACAGUUUCCUUGAUGAGCUGGAUUGGAACUACGGAACGGACGUGGAAGAAGAGGAGCAAAAUGAAGUGGAUGAAACAGAAGAAACUAAAGUCGAAACAGCAGAACCAGCAGAAACGGAAAAUCAUUCGGAAGUUGUUUUGGAGAAAGGACAUUUGGAAGAAGGAGAAAUAUCUGAAAACGAAGACGUUCAUGCAGAGAAUUUCAUAGAAGAAAAAAAGAAACCGAUCAGAGAAAGGAUUCAAUACAUUGAUGAAGAUAGGCAGCGCCGAGAAGCAGGUCAUGAUGACAGAAGAAGAAGCAGAAACCGUGAUGAAGAUAAAGAAAGAUCUCGUAGAUCGUCUAGUCGUCGAAGAAGCUCAAAAGAAAAUCGACAUCGUAACUAUAAACAGGAGAGCAGAUCAGACAAAUAUCGAUCUCUAUUGCAAAGAAGAAACACAUAA